GCACCAUUUACAAAACAUGUGUUAUUGUAGUUCUACAUUUUUGUAUUAAAUCAUUUAAAACGAGCAGUUGGAGGAGAUAGGCCAUUCAUUAUGAGUGUGCCCAUGGAUGUGGAGAGUUUGAGCGGCCAUUCCAGCUGUUUUGCAUCCGACACCAGCCUUAUCUGUGGAUCAUCCCCCAGUCCGCCUGCGACUUUGAGUGGAGAAUCGCACAGUGCUGCUGCUUCCACCCCGAGUCCCGUCUGUGCAGGCCCCAGUCAGUCCACGGGUGAGAGCUUGAGCCUGGGAAGCUUGAGCAGAGAGACCGACAUCAGCGCUACUUCCUCCCCCAGCGAACUCGCUGUUGUCUGCGGUUCUAGCAGCAGUUAUUUUAGGCUUGAUAGUGACUCCAUUGAUGGGCGGAGUGUGGUCCCCAUGGUAGACGCCUGUUUGGGAGACGCCACAAGUCUGAUUCUGGAAGAUGAUGACAGCCACAAUGACUUGGAGAACACCAUCAGAGGCAUCAGGGUGGAUAACGCUGGAGACUGCCAUAUUAGUGACGCCUCCAGAUCUACUGAGCUUUACCAAGACCCUGACGAAGGAUCGAGUGUCCCUCUCCUAGAGAACACUGAUGGUUCCUAUUUGGAUGAUAACAGCCUGCUUGAGGUCUUCAGUGACACUCCUCUAAGGAGAAAGAACACCACUGCCUGGAGCAUCGACAACGCCAGCCUCUGCCCAGUGCAGGACCUCAGGGUGGUGGUGCCAACCUGCUGGCAGGAGGAAGGGGAGAAACAGGGCACCGCAGGGGAGAGAAACUGCAGAGACCCCGCUGGGCAGGACCCAGUGCUCAGCCUCCAGCUGGAGCCAGAGCCCCACCUGAACGUCGACACGGCUGACGCCUCUAUCAGUUCCCCUGAGCAGCAGACCCCCACCCAGCAGCUGCCACAGGACCAGGCUGAUGGAGGACUGGAGCGCAACGUGGAGGAGAUGCAGGUGGAUAUCAGGCACCUCCAAAUGGUGAAGACACAGCAGCAGGACGGCGCCCAGAAACGUCAGAAGAACGGGGUCUGCACCUUCCUAAGACGCCUCUGUAAGAAGCUCCGGGGGCUAGGAAAGAGGAGCGCAAAGGUGGGCCCCCAGAACACCACGGAGACCUACGGCAUAGUGCAGGGAACCACGGAGACCCCAGUGGAGGAACCAGAGAAGAGUAGGAGCACGGAGCAGAAGCCGUCCAAAAGGAAAGGCCUGAGGAGGUUCUGCUUCAACGUUUCCUGCUUCAAGUAAAACAAGUGAAGCAGGAAGGGGAAGGGGAAGGAGGGGCACAGCCGGCUGGACAUGGGGGACCUGA